CAAACAAGCGUACAUAUAACAUUUUACGACAAAAACAUCGUCAGGGGGUACAUAUUACAAAAUAAAUUCAAAUUAUGAAAAACGUUUAAUCUUUCUCUUAUGUCCAUCCAGGGUUAGAAUCACAGGUCUCUAGAUUGCAAUUUAAUCUGCAUUGUCAUGAAACAUUUGUCAGAAACUAUAAUUAGCAUCUGCAAAUACAAAUAUAACUGAUUUACAGAAUAUGACGUGUAUUGCGAUAUGUUGUAAAUCAGCAUACGCCUUUAAAGCAAUGUAGCUUAACAACGCAGGACACAGAAUAAGAUGAUGCUACAGCAGAUGAAUGAAUAGGUAUCGUUAACUUAUAUUCAUAGGAAAAACACAAUUUGGCAUCUUCACGGUCAGAAUCGGGAGCCUAAAAUGAUAUAAAGAAACACCUGUCAAACCCAGCGCGAUCCACUCGUCUCUCCCGGUUUGAGAGUGCGCAUGUACCCUCUUGAUGACGUCGGGCGACUUCCUGUCACGUGGGGGCCCGUGUUUACCGCAGAUGUAAACAGAAACUGUGGGGAGAAGAGCUUCGUGGCCGAGCUCCGGAGGCAGGCGAGAAGCUGGCUUGUAAAAGAAGAAGACCGUGCCAUCGAGUAGAUCGCGCUGCUUCUUUGUUGGAUGACCUUUGCAGACUUGCACAUCUGACAGACGGCCAUGGACUCCCCCGUGAGCUUGAAGGCGCAUUUUAAGGGACGGGCGGAGAGCCUGCUGGUGUCGGACUCGGAGAGGACGCGCUGGGAGGCGGUGGAAGUGGCGGUGAAACAUUCUUUUCGGUUAAGCGAUGUGCAAAUAAAAUACUUAGAUGAGGACAAUGAAGAGGUUUCAAUUAACAGUCAGGAGGAGUAUGAAGAAGCUUUAAAGAGUGCGAAGAAGCAGGGGAACCGGCUGCGCGUGAACGUGUAUGAAGUGAAGGGGUCCUCUGGAACGGGGGAGCGAGAGAGGGGAGGUGGGAAGAGAGACCACGACGUGAUCACGACAGGCGUCAAGCCCAUGAUGCACUGCUCCGCUCCGGCCAAGCCUGUCAGCCAGAAUGUGCCAGCAGCCAGUCCAGUCAAGGAAACGUUGGUGAUAAAGGAAGUCAAGGUGAACCGAGAGAAUGAUCAGGCUCCUCCAGCAUGGUUUACAUCUUACAUGGAAAAGUUCAAGGAUCAGCUGGUAAAGGAAGCCGUGGAGCGGAUUUGCCAGGAUUUCUCCGAGAGGUUCUGCAUUCAGAAGGUAUCGCAGCCAUCGUCCGAGGAGCCAGGCAGUGUGGCUGCCCAGGUCCAAGAAGUCAGCUCCACAGCUGCAGACAGACCCAAGCUCCCUGCCUGCCAGAGCUGCCAGGCCCAGACACAGCGGGGCAGCUACCUUUGCAGUGUGUGCCCAUCCUAUACUCUGUGUGAGCAGUGCAGCUAUGGGCAUGACCCCACCCAUUCCUUAGUAAAAAUCAGGACACUUGUCCCUCCACUGUUUGAUUGUGGGACAUCGGUCACAGGGGAAAGUGGAAGGUUGCAGAAGCGGAUCGACAAGAGCUUCAGGAAGGCUGAAAAGCAGAGGCUGAAGGCGGAGAAGAGGCAGCUGAAGGCCGAAGUGCGCGAGAUCAAGAAGCAGCUGCGCAUGGAGAGGCGGAGCGCGCAGUGGAGCGCCGCCGGCGAGGGGGCCGCGGACCCCGUGCUGCUGCAGCCGAGAGGGACAGUGGCCAGCGGCGCCCAGAGUCCAAAGCAGUCCUGUGCCCCCAUGGUGCCCACCAUGACAGCUGUGUUCCUGGAUGAGAACCUGCCUGAUGGGACACGCCUCCAGCCCGGUACCAAGUUCAUCAAGUACUGGAGGAUGAAGAACACUGGCACUGUCAGCUGGACUGUGGAAACCAAGCUGAAGUUCAUGUGGGGGAACCUGGAUCUGGCCACAGGGGAGAAGAAGGAGGUGGUGGUGCCGUUUCUGCAACCGGGCCAGGUGGGCGUGGUGUGUGUGGAGUUCGUGGCUCCGGGCCAGGAGGGCACCUACACCUCGCACUGGCGCUUGGCCCACCGGGGGGAGCAGUUCGGGCCCAGGGUGUGGUGCAGCAUUGUGGUGGACCCCCUCACCGCCGAGUACUGUGCUGAAGGACAAGACCCAGCACUUUGUAGCAAGCCAGAGGCAAGGAAAGUCAGUGAAAGGCAUCGGAGUCUUAUUCGGUUGUGUGCUUCCUUCCCCCGGCUGGAAGGCGUUGUGCGUAGCCGCUGGCGAGUCGUGAGAUUGUGUGUGUCUGCCGCAGACAUGACUCCCUGCAUGUCCCCCCUGCCCUGCGACGGGCCCCUGCUGGAGAAGCCAGGCCUGGGCCUCAUCGAGGAGGAGGCGGAGGGCUCCGCGCUGAAGCCGCUGCUUGGAGUGCCCCUGGGGGAGCAGCCACAGGCGGGGAGCGGGCCGGCCCAGGAGGAGGGGGAAGAGGACAUCAGUGGGACGCAGUUCGUGUGCGAGACGGUGAUUCGCUCUCUGACCCUGGAGGAGGCUCCCGACCACACCCCCCCGAGGAGGAACAAGCUCGACAGUCAGAGGACUUGCUUACAGGGGCAGGAGAUCGUCUCUUGUGGCGGAAGUCCUGGAGAUGAGCCCAGUGAGAGGAGACCGCUGUUGAGUGCGUUCUCUGAAGGGAAGUGUGCCAGAGAGCAGGUCCAGCCUGCACAAGAAAGCCUCAGACGUCCAGUGACCCACAGCAUGGUCCACGCAGAUGUCAUUGAAGGAGUCGGUGACUGUGUUUCUCCGCUGCCUCCAGAGGAGUGCGAGGAGUCGGAUAUCGAGAGCGUCCACGCUGGCUCCGGCUCGGAGCGAGAGGGGGAUGAGGAGAUGGCCCAGGACGAUCAGGACGAGGUGCAGAGCCAGGGCUCCUCUGCCUCCUCUGAGGAUUACAUCAUCAUCCUGCCGGACUGCUUCGACACUAGCCGGCCGCUGGGGGAGUCCAUGUACAGCUCGGCCCUGUCCCAGCCCGGCACCGAGGCCAGCAGCAUGGAGACGGACUCGGCGCCGGAGCAGUCGGAGCUCGGCGCCCCUGAGGGGCAGAGGGCGGCCGCGGUCCCGGGACACAGCGUGAACGACAUGCUGUGUGCCUCCCAGACCCUGGAUGCUGUGCCGCUCACCCCUGAGGUGGUGCCCACCCCAGCCACACUGCAGCCCAGGGAAGAGAGCAACACCUGGAACCAAGACCGGAGUGAGAUGGAAGCACUGCGUGCCGGUGAGCGUUCUCCACCUCCACAAGAAGACAUGAUUGAAGUUUCCAGUCCUGUGCAAAGCCAGCCAGCGGUUGUCACUGGAAGUUUAACCUCAAGACAAGACUGUAUCCAAGACGACAGAUCCCAGGGAGGAAUAGCAGGUGGUCUGGUAAAGGGAGCCCUGUUAGUAGCUGCCUCUGCCUACAAAGCCCUGUUCACGGGACAGCCAGUCCCAGCACAGCCUCCUGCGGACUCCGCCAGCCAGCAGGCCGCCAUGAUGGAGGUCCUGCUGGAGAUGGGCUUCGGGGACAGGCAGCUGAACCAGCGGCUGCUGAAGAAGCACAACUACAACCUGCUGGACGUGGUGAACGAGCUGGUCCAGAUGACCGACAACGACUGGUACUCCACCCGCUACUGACGGCACCCAGAGGGCCUUGGGGAGAUGGCACGCUUUGUUUUACCAUAGUACAGGUCCCAGCCACAAAUACUGUAACUGCCUGCCUGCGAAGCGAAUGGCAGAUUUUUGUCCCGUGCUGUAUGGUGGGGCUUCCUUCUCUUUGAACUUUAGGUUUUGAAGACCAGAAUGGGAGAUCAUAAGAGUACCACAGACUGCUGCCACAGCAAAGAUUUUUUUUUUUUUUACCUUGCCA